UUCAAAGCACUUCAUGGCUACAGACGUGAGUGCUACGGGUCUGUAGACAUUUAGGCAGGUUACCUUAGUGUUCUUGGACACAGGGACUAUGGGGUCUGCUUAAAACUUGUUGGUCUGCUUACAGACUCGGACAGGGAGAGGUUGAAAGCGUCAGUGAAGACAUUUGCCAGUUGGUCAGCGCAUGCUCGCAGUACACAUCCUGGUAAUCCGUCUGGCCCUGCGGCCUUGUGAAUUUACCUCAAAGCGAGCAUAGAAGUAGUUUAGCUCAUCUGGUAGGCUUGUGUCACUUGGCAGCUCUCGGCUGUGCUUCCCCUUAUAGUCUGUAAUGGUUUGCAAGCCCUGCCACAUCCGAUGAGCGUCAGAGCCGGUGUAGUACGAUUCGAUCUUAGUCCUGUAUUUAAGCUUUGCCUGUUUGAUAGUUCUUCGGAGGGCAUUUAGAUAUUUCUUAUAAGCUUCCGGGUUAGAGUCCCGCUCCUUGAAAGGGGCAGCUCUAGCCUUUAGCUCAGUGUGGAUGUUGCCUGUAAUCCAUGGCUUCUGGUUGGGGUAUGUACGUACGGUCACUGUGGGGACAACGUCAUCGAUGCACUUAUUGAUGAAGCCGAUGACUGAUGUGGUGUACUCCUCAAUGCCAUCGGAGGAAUCCCGGAACAUAUUCCAGUCAGUGCUAGCAAAACAGUCCAGUAGCUUAGCAUCUGCUUCAUCUGACCACUUUUUUUUAUUGAUUUAUACCUGUGUUCUUAUACACUUGUACCUGUGUUCUCUGUUUGUCUGUUGCCAGUUCGUUUUGUUUCAUCAAGCCUACCAGUGUUUCUUCCCGUGCUCCUGUCUGUCUCUAGUUCCCGUUUUCUAGCUUUCCCGGUUUUGACCAUUCUGCCUGCCCUGACCCUGAGCCUAACUGUCGUUCUGUACCUUGCCAUAACACCCUGGAUUACUGACCUAUGCCUGCCCUGACCUUGAGCCUGCCUGCCGUCCUGUAGCUUUCGGACUCCGCUCUGGACUACUGACCUCUGCCUGCCCUUGACCUGUCGUUUGCCUGCCCCCCUGUUUGAGUAAUACACUUUUGUUACUUCGAAACUGUCUGCAUCUGGGUCUUCCCCUGAGCCUUGACAGUCUUAACAUAUUGAAAGCCCAAGAAAGAGGAUUUCUACACCCACCAUCUCAGAUUGUUCUGAAAUCGUUUCUGCUGUUAGAAACAGAUAAGAUUAGCAUUCCUGCAACAUUUUUUUCAGAAAUAUUAUUGACUCUGAGAAUUUAAGCUAAUUGAUGCCACCCAUACGCUGCUGCUACUCUGUUUGUUAUGUAUCCUGAUUGUCUAGUCACUUUUACCCCUACCUACAUGUACAUAUUACCUCAACUACCUCGUACACUUGCACAUUGACUCAGUACCGGUACUCUUGUAUAUAGCCUCGUUAUUGUUAUUUUAUUAAUCAAUUAUUUCUUUGCUAAUCUUUUCUUCCUUUUUACUCUGCAUUCGUGGGAAAGGGAGGUAAAGUCUAUGGUAAAGUUCACACAUGUGGCGCAUGUGACAAACAAUAUAAAAUUGUAUUUGAGUUAAAAAAAUGGAUUGCCAAAUUACUUCUUAUCACAAUAGAAGGAAACAAAUGAUUCCCUACAGAUGCUCUACUUCAAGGAUAUCAGAUAUGGCUUUCAUCAGAGCAAUCUGUCAGGACAUAACACCAUCUGCUUUGACAGUUAACACUAUUAUAGAACUUCAUUUUAUUGAAUGAUUCCAAAAGUACAUCAUACAGCCAGAGGUACAGACAGUGUCUAGGAACGUUUUGCUCUGCAAUGUGAGUCAUGCCUGGAGAUCCAUCAAGUUAUUGACUAUAUUUUCCACAAGAGGACCGGACUGUUUCACAAGAUGCAAUAUAUCCCUGAUGUUACAAGGUUAAUUCACUGUGACUCACUCAACCAGGUUCUCUAAAUCCUUAAGCCCCGAAAUCCGUAUUAUAAGGAUAUGUGAUGUUUAUUUGGGAUGAGAGGCACAACUAGACUUCCUCAGAGGAAGACAAAGGUGUCAAUGAAAACAGCACUCAAGAAGCUUUAUGACAGAAACAGGCCAAUCAAAAUGGGUGCCAGGCACUUCAUUUAACUAAAACUGCCGUACAUAAACACAGCAGCCAUUAUACUGACAGAGUUGUGAGCCGUGAUUUCUGGCUACAACAGCCGGGGUCACGUGGUUUGACCUCUGUGAUGGAUGUUCAAUCAGCCCCACAUUGGUGCCGAUGCUCAGACCUGGAGCCAAGAUUGAAGAGCUCAUCUCUGGGCAUGGUGCACUUUAUAGGGACAGAAUCAAUUCACUUCUCCCCGUCCAAGAUUCUCCCUCUAUUAUUCUUAAGGAAGUAAUUCAUGUAAAAGAAAAGGACUAAGUGCCAAGAACAUCCCGUAAAUAACAGGUGAUAGACAACUUUCUCACUCUGCUGGCUUUGUAUCUGUCGUGUUGAUGAAGGGCCGCUGGCCACGGAUCCAGAUCGUCAUAUUUCUGUCAGCCACUACAUGGCCCCUCUUGCAAAGGACGGUGGUCCAUUGACGAAAGCCAUGGUGACUACCUAUUGAUUGAGUGCACUGGGGGGGGCCCUCCUCCCACAUCUGACAGGAUAAAAGUAUAGCUGGGAUGGACCAAAGGCAGUGGAUUUGCUGGGGCAGGUUGAGAACGAGUUGACACUACGGUAAGCACUUCUUUGGGACAGCUGCUUCGCUGACAUGGACAGUUUUGUCUCUGUGAACUACUGGCUGGGACUGCUAGCUUUUCUGCUUCUACAAGGGGUAGUCAGUGUGGAGGGAAGAAGCAUCUUCAACCCUGAAAACCAUGUAUAUCCCCAAAGAGGAGACACAGACGCCCAGAACAAGAUUCUAGCGUUGUUGCUACAUAGAAGCUUAGAACCUAUUGAAAGAAAUGACGCUUUAGGUUUAGAGUUUGCCAACAAGCUAGCGGAGCUGAAGGAGAUAGAGGCUUUGAAGGAGGACUUGGAGCUGGAAAGGGAGCUCUCCUCAAACACACUAGUGGAGGACAGGUCCAUACUGCGGAAAAGGGUUGAGCCCUGUUUCUGGAAGUACUGUGUAUGACAGUACUUCCAGGAGCGCAGUACUGUACGUGCAGUACUGUCCUACUUAGAGAGGAGCCUCUGAGUCCCGCUGCAUUGCCCUAACGCCCCAAAGACUCAACACACUCACAGACAACAACACAACUCACCCAUUACCAAGUGUUUGAAUGUUGUAGCGUAACUAAUAUGCCAAUACUAUAAUGUACUCAUCACUGUGCUGUAACCUCUGCGCUGAUGUCGCAAUAUCGGGCGUCUACAGGUGUUUAUAAUAGGUUCAAUGACGGUUGGGUCUGAAUCAGGUUGGGCAUAAGUGACAUUUUAUUUGUGUUGUUUUGCAUAAUUACCUUGUAGUGCAUAAUUACCUCAAACGACCGAAAUGACUUGAUCGCCAGUUCAGUACUGGAUGUAACGUUUCAGAUGCUUCUCUACAGGACUCCAACUUUUGAGAUGACAAGGAGUUAUCAGCAUUUCUCUAAGAGUGGAAGGUAUUGUUGUCACAGCCUAACAUCGUCUGCUGACAAAGGACUUGGUCCAUGUUUCCACACCCAGAGUAACUGUCCUCUUCUCAACAUGUUGACUUUGUCUUCCUCUAGUGGCAAAUGGGUGCAGUGACGCAAUUCAUGUACUUUCCAUUGUCAAGUAUCAGUAUUGCUUUGAUGAAAUAUCAGUAUUGCUUUGAUGAAUGUGUUACCGUUUCCUUCAUUUAAUAAACUAUAUA